AUGGACUGUUCAUCGACACAUUCGGGGAAAUCCUCAUCGAAGAAGAGACCAUCAAGUCGAGCAGGCAGGGGUCGUCAGUAUCAGUAUCGUCAUGACCAUAUCCAAGGGUCAUCUUCUGUCUCGAGGACAAAGAGCGUAUCCGAAGAACGUGAAGUACUUUCGAAUUUCUCAAAAAAUUCGGACCGGGCGAUGGUGACACUGAAAUUGAGAGAAGUGGAAGAAGAGGGACCAGGGGGACGGGCUGCCAGAGCAUUUGAGCAUCUUUACUUAACGUCGGAAUUUACGGACGUGAACAUUUUCGUGGAGGGGAAAAUGAUGAAGGCUCACCGGGUCGUGCUGGCGUUAUCGAGUCAAUAUUUCAGGAGUGUUUUUCACGAAAUUAGCAGUCUUCCCUGUUCCCAACCCGUCGUCGCCGUUCGAGGAGUCACAUCACAAGAAUGGGAGAAACUGAGGAAAAUCAUAUAUUGCGGAUCUGUCCAAGUGGAAGAAGACCAAGUCCAGAGCUUAUUAGCGGCUGCGCAUCGGUUACAAAUUACUGGAUUGGAAGCCUACUCGUCACCAAGGUCGAACUCACGAGGUGGACUUUGUCGAGAUGAUGUCGACAUCGAAAUCAUAGAUUCUCGCGAUUACGGGAGGCGCUCGAGUUACGAAGGGGCUCACAGUUCUAGCUCCAGUACUGGUGGCUAUAGUGCGCAAAUGUUCACCGCGGGGCGGCCCUCGCAAUACGACGAUAUUCAAGAAAAAAUGCCAUAUUGUCCCGAACCGGAAUCAACGAACGAGGGAAGUAAUUAUAAUCAAGAUGAUGAGAUAGAGUGGCUUGAUACUCCAAAACCGGUACGGCAUCAUCGCAUGUCAGUGCAUCAAGAGGUCCAAGAAUUAGUGUCAACAAGUACGGCUCAAUAUCACAGCGUCCCUAGAGAGACGUCCGAAUUGAAAGCUGCGUUUUGUCUCGAUGUUCCUCAAUGUCUCCGGUACACCGUGGAAGAAGUUAAUGACAUGGUGGCCAGGGUGGAAAACUUUCCCGGAAGCACGGUUCCGUGUCCGAUCUGCCGGAAAUAUGUGAGGAGGGAAAGAUUGCGAAAGCACAUUAAUGAAUGCCACUUACUGGAUGGGAGAAAGAUCCUGUGUCCUAUUUGCGGAAUGGGAAUGAUGUCAAAAGGGAGCUACCGAGUUCAUAUGUGGAGACACAGGAAAGGCGUUAUGCCCAUGAACCAGCGUGAUGGUUUUAUUAGGAGGGAUACGCUGUGAAAUAUUUACAGUAAGUGUUCUAUGAUUUGUCUAGUGGGGGUAUUCAGUAGGGUUGCCGCGGGUAACGGGUCGGGUACCCGUUACCCGCAUACCCGCACGAUUCUUGCGGGUACCCGUUAUCUGCGGGUAGCGAGAACUACCCGCACGGGUAACGGGUAGUUCAGUUUUUAUUUAAUUUGCGACAUAAAUCAGUUCACAAAGAAAGUUAGCAGUAAGUUACCAACAAGUGUCAAUUUAGUCUUUAUUCAUUUCAAAAUUUGUCAUUUGCCAGUAAUUAACGUUUAUAGCGAGCGUCUUUUCGGAAGCCACAGAAACCUACGGCAGCCUCAAAUACCUUACACGUCCCGAAAAUUCGGAGAACUUAUUGUUACUCAAGUAUAAUUUGCCUGAUCUAAAUUAUCAGUAAUAAAUAUGUUAACUUGUAUUUGUGUGUAUUUAUGUAUGUAAGACUGACAAGAUUUUAAUUUGAAGAUGGAAAACCAGAAUCAGAUGGAAAGCAAAAAUUUUAUUUGUAGACAAUUCUUUUAAAUCAAAAUUUCAAAAAAUCAUACUAAAAAUUAACCUUUUUUCAAGCACACCAAGCUACACCACGAUUGUCUAGGGAGUGUAUCAAAAAGUCAAGCCAAACAUUAGGAAUCGCGUGAUACUUUCCGUGGAAUGACUUUGAAGAAAUGACUUUGAUGGAAUGAUUUCUACUUUGAAGAAAAAUAUUGGUGGGAAAGUUCAAUUUUUAAGUUAAUGUUCUGCAUCUUAUUCCUCCACUGGACGAAAACUAUGAUGGACUUUCAACUCUGCCCCCAAUAGUUUUCGUUAAUCGGACUAUUCAACCGAAAGAUAAGUGAUAAUUCCUAAUUUUUGGCCUGAUUGUUUUUUACAUAAUUAGCUAAGAAAUUGCGGUGUAGCUUGAAAAAGGUUCCAUUGUAUGCCAAAAAGCCUGGUUUCAGAAGUAUCUUAUGAUAUCUAGCAAAUUAUGGCAUUCGUAACUUGCAUAUCAUUAUCUCAAACUACUGAACAACCCAAAUGAGCAAAUAAUUAAUUAAAUCAAAUUUAUUCUGAAAGUCGGUUAGUUUUUAACUUAACUCUCAUAACGGGUAACGGGUUACGGGUUACGGGUACCCGCACGGGUACGGGUAGUUGUGCUGCGGGUAGCGGGUCGGGUAACGGGUAGCAUUUUCGCUACCCGCGGCAACCCUAGAUUCAGAAUUCGCAAUUGUCUCAGAGUAGCAUAAUUUUUGCCACAUUGAAAUGGGUUUCUAAUUUGCGACGCUUGGAAAAAGGGAUCCCCAUGGAAAUAUUUGCGGAGCUUGAAAUAAGUAUGUAUGUAUUUAAUACGACGUUUGGGUUCGUGAGGAUUAUAGUUAGCAAAUAAUUAUUUAUUUACUUAUUUAUUUAUUUAUUUAUUUCUGCAUCAAUGGUAAAUGGGUAAAGUAUGAAUUAGUUUGUAGUUUUUCUUAGGUGAGGCAUAGUAACCAUGACCACAUGACAAAGUACAUGGUUACGGCGAAGCCUUAGUAUGCGAACAGACCCCCCCUCCCAAAGUUCCACUCAAUUUUGUGGCAAAACGGCUAAUCGUAUCAAAAUGGUGUAAAAGGCAAUCGUGCAGACCUUGCUGGGUAGAUGAUGCCCGUCUGGUCUAGAAACAUGACAAUCUUAUUUUAACGCAUUUAAAAUCGAUUUUAAACUUUCAAACGACUGGCAAAUUCACUUUUACCAUGCAAUGAUAGUGCGAGACCCUGAUUUUCAUGUGCAGAAAUCUAUAACUCGUCAUUUAAAGCAAACCCGAGCGAAAUCGGAUAAGAAAUGAAGGACUUUUCUUGGUGGCAUCUACAGCCAGUUACGUCACAGUUCUCUAUUACAGUAUCAUGCAUACAUAAAUAUGAGGUUUCUAUUAGCAACCAGCAUAAGCGAAUUGAGACCUGUACUGACAUAUGUAAAUGAGUGCAUCUAAAUAUAUGUAUAUCUAAUCAGGGUAUUCCUACCCAGGGUUUUAUUGGGUUGGGUUUUUUGGGUUUUAAUGGGUUUUAAUGGGUUGUUAACCUUUAGGAUCCCAUUUAUAAAAUGUUGUCAAGAAAAAUCGUAUCACUAAGUCCCUAAUUAAUUCCCAAUUAAAUAUCCUUCAGGCCCGAAUAAUUGUCAGUAAAUUGUCCUCACGCACCCAAGCUGAUGAAUCUUUUCCGACCACACGGACCCGAAUUUUAUUUUCAAGAAAAAACCAACAGAAUAUAUUCGUAUUAUGACAUGCAACGAUAUUUAAGAAAAACUACUACGAUUCAUGAGUAAACAUAAUUAUGAAAAAUAUUUAAUUUAAAUGGGUGGCAAAGAUGAUUCGUCCGAAAAUUGAGCACCAGUGAGCGGAUUUCCAUCUUCAUCAAAUACUACGAUUUCAUGAUUAGGACUUAAAAUAAAUUGAACUGCAUUUGGGCCCAGAGUAUCAAUGUCUUCGGGAAGUCGUGGUUGCGAUAUUUGAGUGUGGGGCUGACUCUGCGUAUUUUGUGGAGUGGUUGAGAUUUUCUACAAUGUAGCAAAACUUAUUAUUGGUAUUAUCGUCAUUACCAUUAUACAAUUAUGGAAAUUACCUUCAGCUUUAUAUCAGUGUGAUACCGCUUGAAACAAGAGUCACCUCCUUGAAUACAAAGCCGAACCUUGCAAAUCUCACAGCUGAAAGGGGUCGUCUUGCGUUUCGGAGAGUAUUCAGCGUGGUGCUUGCAAUAAAUGCAGUCAGAGUACGAUGGCGUUCCAUUUUUAUCUAAGUGUUUGACAGCAAUAUGGUGACAAGGUUUCAAUCGAACUGGAAAGGCUGGAUUUUCAGUUCGUGGUACUGUUGGAGGUCUUCCAAUUGGUUUCUUGAGGGUUGGAUAUUUUUCUUGAAUUUCUCUGACUAUCUUCAUGACAAAAUCUUUGUAGGGUACAGCUCUCUGGUCAGCAUGCAAG